GUACUGUACAACUCUAGACGGCAACUAAGUGUAGUACCUUUGACCUUUUUGUUUCACAAACUCCACCGUCCCGUCCCGCCAUGGCUUCAACCUCCAGCGCCACCACCAUUCCCCAAUUCCGCUCCUCAUCUUUCCACUCUCAUCCCCACCCGCCGCUCUUCGUCAAUUUCUCCUCACACUGUCAGAAGACUGAUCUCCGCCGUCACAGGAUUUUCUGCCAAAACAAUUCCGAUCCAUCCCCAACGGAGGAGAAGCCUGAAUCUACAAUUGAUGCCGUAGCGACAGAAACGACCUCGUCGGCUGGCGCUGGAUUGCCGGCCUAUCCAACUAAGGAUCUCAACCGCCGAGUCGCGGUGGCUUCUGUGCUUGGGGCUGUUGGAUUGUUCGCCUCUGCGCGAUUGGACUUUGGCGGCACAUCAUUGAAGGAUCUCUCCGCUUUAGCAUUGCCCUAUGAAGAGGCUCUUUCAAAUGGCAAACCCACUGUUGUUGAGUUCUAUGCAGAUUGGUGUGAAGUAUGUCGUGAGUUAGCACCGGAUGUCUACAAAGUUAAACAACAGUUUAAGGACAAAGUGAAUUUUGUUAUGUUGAACGUUGAUAAUACAAAGUGGGAACAAGAGCUUGAUGAAUUCGGUGUUGAGGGUAUUCCCCAUUUUGCAUUUCUGGACAAAGAUGGUAAUGAAGAAGGGAAUGUGGUAGGCCGCCUCCCACGACAAUACCUGCUUGAAAAUGUUGAUGCCCUGGCUCGGGGAGAAGCAAAUGUGCCUCAUGCUCGUGUUGUAGGACAAUAUUCAAGUACUGAAGGAAGAAGAGUUCAUCAAGUUGUCGAUCCUAGAAGUCAUGGCUAGGGAAUUUAGGCAUAUUUUGGCCAAACCGUUGUAUGAAAGUGGAAUACUAAAAUACUGUCCUUGAGAACAAGGCCUUGAGGCCCUUGACAAACUGGCACUCUUAAAAUGCAAAAGAUUUCCUCAUUCUGUCUAA